AUGAUAAGAGCCUCAAAUAAAGUGAUCAGAUAUUCUUUUUCGGCAACAUAUGUUAGUGGGUUGUUUGAACAUUGGUAAAAGAACCCUUAAUCAGUUCCUGAAGGAUGGAGACAAUAUUUUAGCGAACAAAUUAAUGGUGGAGCAGGUGUCUAAGGCACAACAUCUUUGAAUCCAUUGGAUCAUGCUAAACAAAUACAAUUGCUAUAUCGUACUUACUAUAUGUUUAGAAUGUUUUUCGUAUGCGGACAUUAAUUGGCUGAUUUGGAUCCAUUAAAUCUACCUAACACAAAAGAAUACGGAAGAGUGAAGGGCUCGAGACCAGAGAUGACUUUGGAUAGUUUUGGGUUUAAGAAGGAAGAAUUGGAUAUCCCAAUUUAUUUUGGAAACAAGGAUUAAAGAUCAUUUAUCUAUCCAUUUAUGGAAGUUAAGGAGGAGUGGACAAUCAGAGAAAUCUAUGAUAGAUUAUCUUAAAUCUAUACAAAAAAAUACGGGGUUGAAUACAUUCACAUGGUAUCGACAGAAUAAAAACAUUGGGUUGAACAGGAAAUGGAUAGAAUAGCAUAAUGGAAACCAAGUAAGGAGACUUAAACAGCUACUUGGUAGAGAUUAGCUAGAGUUGACCUAUUUAAUGAGUUUUUGAAAAACAGAUUCACAACAAGCAAAAGAUUUGGAAUUGAAGGCACAGACACAUUAAUCGUAGGUUUAGAAGCACUUGUAGAUUAAUGUGCUCAAAAUAAGGUUGAACAUAUCAUUGUGGGAAUGGCUCACAGAGGAAGAUUAAGCACAUUAGCUAAUGUAUUUAAGAAACCAUUGGAAAUAAUAUUUGCAGAAUUUUAAAAUAAAUACAGUAAGGAAAUAGAAGAAUCAUGGGGUAAUAUUGGAGAUGUGAAAUAUCAUUUGGGAGUCACAAGGGAUUAAUAAUUCCCAGAUGGACAUCAUAUUAGAAUGACAAUGUUACCAAAUCCAUCUCAUUUAGAAGCUGUCAAUCCAGUUGUAUAAGGUAAGACUAGAGCAUUGUAAGACAUUUGUGGAAAUAAACAAAACUGUUUAGGUAUCAUCAUUCAUGGAGAUGCUGCUAUGGCUGGUUAAGGAGUUGUCUAUGAAUCAUUAUAACUUGAAAAUUUGACAGGAUAUUCAAAUGAAGGUGUUAUCCAUGUUGUGGUUAAUAAUCAAAUUGGAUUUACUACAACUCCAAUUGAUAGUAGAUCUGGUUUAUAUUGUACAGAUGUUGCUAAGGCUAUUGAUGUACCUAUUAUUCAUGUUAAUGCUGAUGAUCCUGAUCUUGUAGAAGAAAUAUUCAAAAUUGCUGUUAGAUUCAGAUAGUAAUUCAAAAAGGAUAUUGUAAUUGAUUUGAUUGGAUAUAGAAGAUAUGGUCAUAAUGAAUAGGAUUAACCUGCAUUCACUCAACCAUAAAUGUAUGAAAUCAUUAAUAAAUAAAAACCUGUAUUUCAAUUAUAUGAUCAAUAAUUAAGAAAAAAUGGAGUUAUUACAGAUGAUUUUGCAAGUACCGAAAUUAAGAAGUUAAACAAUAGUCUAGAGACUGCUUAUAAAAACAUCUAAAAGGAAACCUUCGAUAAAGUACAUUGGGUACCUAAACCAUGGGAAAAGAUUUAAUAAGUGACCAAAUGGGGAAAGGUAAAGGAUACUGGUGUUGCUUUGAAGGAUUUAUUAGAGUUGAACGAGAAAGUCAAUCAUUUACCUGCUGAGUUGACUGUUCAUCCAUAAGUCAAGAGAAUUUAUGAAUAAAGAAAGUAGUCUAUUGAAUAAGGAAAAGGAAUUGACUUUGGAACUGCUGAAGCUCUGGCUUUUGGUACCUUGUUACAUGAAGGAUUCAGUAUAAGAUUGAGUGGUCAAGACUGUGAAAGAGGAACAUUCUCAUAAAGACAUGCAGUCCUUAAUGAUCAAAAGAAAGAUAUCAAAUAUUAUCCACUUAGAAAUUAAAUACCUUCUGGAGGAAAUAAUAGAUUUGAAGUUUACAACUCUCCAUUGUCAGAAUACGGAGUCUUAGGAUUCGAAUAUGGAUAUUCUCAAUCUAAUCCUAAUGUUCUGACGAUUUGGGAAGGACAAUUUGGAGAUUUCGCUAAUGGAUGUUAAAUCAUGAUUGACAAUUUCAUUACUUCAGGAGAAUCUAAAUGGAAUGUACCCUCAGGACUUGUUAUGAUGUUACCUCAUGGAUUAGAUGGCUAAGGACCUGAACAUUCCAGUGGAAGAAUGGAAAGAUUUUUAUAAUUGAUGGAUGAUGAUCCUAACAUUGUAUUUCAGAUGAAAGAGUAGAGAAUUAAGAGACAAAUUCUCGAUUCUAAUUUCUAAGUGUGUGUCUGUUCAAACCCUUCCAAUUAUUUCCACUCUCUGCGUAGAUAACUAAGAAGAGACUUUAGAAAACCUUUAAUUUUAUUCAAUUCUAAAAGAUUACUUAAAUUUUCUAAGGCAACUUCUGAUAUUUCUCUUUUCCUUGAAGGCACUAGAUUCCAUAGACUGAUUCCUGAUACUCACGAAGAAAUUAAAGCUCCUAAAGAAAUAAAAAAGUUUAUUAUGACAUUUUAUAGAAAAGACAAGAAACAAAAACGAAAUGACGUUGCUAUCGUUAGAGUAGAAUAAUUAGCACCUUUUCCAUAUGACCAUUUCAGAGUAGUUGCUUAAUAAUAUGAGAAUGCAGAAUUUGUAUUCUGUUAAGAAGAACAUUAAAACUCAGGUGCUUGGCAAUAUCUAGAACCAAGAAUUUAAAAUGUUUUAUCCUUGCUACAUCAAUAAAGCAAAAUUAAACAUCAAUAUUUAACAUUUUGUGGUAGAAGACCUUCAGCAUCAACAGCAAGUGGAUCACCAACUGUACACAAAUAAGAAUUAGAAAAGCUUUUAAGUAUACUCUUUUAAUGA